ACGAUGUCCAUCUUCCUCGUGAACACCGUUAUAGAGGGAUGGAAAGGGGUGGACACCGUUACGUUAUGUCGGGGAUUAACACCACAUCAUAUACACAGCAUAUUCCUUGCAAGAAUAUUAUGGUGCCGGCCAAACCAACGACUUUCGGGCCUUAAGCUUUGUUUCUCUACCUACCCUAAGGUUACAUACAAUUAUAUACAGAAAAUCAUAAUAAUUCAGUUUUGGUGCCAUCCUGCUAUAUCACUGGACAAUGGAGUCUCCAUUUAAGGUGGAUAUACUGAAAGGUAAAGUAGCGUUGCUGACAGGAGGAGGAUCAGGAAUCGGGUUCGAGAUCUCAACGCAAUUCGGUAACCAUGGAGCCUCCGUCGCCAUCAUGGGCCGCAGGAAGAACGUCGUUGACCGCGCCAUAUCAGUACUCCAAUCUUUAGGAAUUCCGGCGGUGGGGUUUGAAGGUGAUGUAAGGAAACGGGAAGAUGCAAAAAGAGUAGUGAAGGAAACUGUGAAGCAUUUUGGAAAGCUUGACAUUCUUGUUAAUGCUGCUGCCGGCAAUUUUCUUGUGUCAGCUGAGGAUUUGUCUUCUAAUGGCUUUAAAACAGUGAUAGAUAUCGAUGCUGUUGGUACAUUUACAAUGUGUCACGAAGCACUUGAAUAUCUCAAGAAAGGUGGACCGGGAAGGAGCUCAUCUACAGGCGGAUUUAUAUUGAACAUCAGUGCCACUUUGCAUUACACGGCGUCUUGGUAUCAAAUCCACGUAUCUGCAGCCAAGGCAGCUGUUGAUGCCCUUACGAGAAAUUUGGCCUUGGAGUGGGGUACCGAUUAUGAUAUCAGAGUUAAUGGUAUUGCACCAGGUCCUAUAGAAGAUACUGCUGGAAUGAGUAAACUUGCACCCCACGCUAGAGAGAAAAUCUUUUUUUGA